CAGAUGUGCCCCGUCCGGGUGGCUCCGCGCUGAGAGCCUGAGCCCGUGGGCGCCCGCCGCCAUGUCCCAGAUGCUGCACAUCGAGAUCCCCAACUUCGGGAGCACCGUGCUGGGCUGCCUGAACGAGCAGCGACUGCUGGGGCUCUACUGCGAUGUGUCCAUCGUGGUCAAGGGCCAGGCCUUCAAGGCGCACCGGGCCGUGCUGGCCGCCAGCAGCCUCUACUUCCGCGACCUGUUCAGCGGUAACAGCAAGAGUGCAUUCGAGCUGCCGGGCACUGUGCCGCCCGCCUGCUUCCAGCAGAUCCUGUCCUUCUGCUACACGGGCAAGCUGACCAUGGCCGCCAGCGAGCAGCUCGUGGUCAUGUACACGGCCGGCUUCCUGCAGAUCCAGCACAUCGUGGAGCGUGGCACUGACCUCAUGUUCAAGGUGAGCUCGCCCCACUGCGACUCGCAGACCGCUGUGCUCGAGGACGCCGGCUCCGAGCCCCAGAGUCCCUGCAACCAGCUGCAGCCAGCCACCGCCCCUUACGCCGUGUCCCCCUCGGUGCCCAUCCCGCUGCUGACCCGCGUGAAGCAUGAAGCCAUGGCUGGCGUGGCAGUGGCAGCCGGAGCCGCAGUGGCGGCUGGCGUGGCCCCCCUGAAGCUGCCCCGGGUCUCUUACUACGGGGUGCCCAGCCUGGCCACCCUCAUCCCCAGCAUCCAGCAGGUGCCCUACCCCCAGGGGGAGCGGACCAGCCCGGGGGCCAGCAGCCUGCCCACCACCGACAGCCCCGCCUCGUACCACAACGAGGCGGACGAGGAGGACGACGAGGCCUACGACACCAUGGUGGAGGAGCAGUGCGGCCAGGUGUACAUCAGGGCCGCGGGCGGCUAUGCAGUGCCAGAGAAGCCGGAGCCUGUGCCGCUGGAGAGCCGAUCGUGUGUGCUCAUCCGUCGUGACCUGGUGGCCCUGCCCGCCAGCCUCGUCAGCCAGAUCGGGUACCGCUGCCACCCCAAGCUCUACUCCGAGGGGGACCCCGGCGAGAAGCUGGAGCUGGUGGCAGGCUCCGGGGUGUACAUCACACGUGGCCAGCUGAUGAACUGCCACCUCUGCGCAGGGGUGAAGCACAAGGUUCUGCUGCGGCGGCUCCUGGCCACCUUCUUCGACAGGAACACGCUGGCCAACAGCUGUGGCACUGGGAUCCGCUCGUCCACCAGUGACCCAAGCCGCAAGCCACUGGACAGACGAGUCCUGAACGCCGUGAAAUUGUACUGUCAGAACUUCGCGCCCAGCUUCAAGGAGAGCGAGAUGAAUGUGAUCGCGGCCGACAUGUGCACCAACGCCCGCCGCGUCCGCAAGCGCUGGCUGCCCAAGAUCAAGUCUAUGCUGCCCGAGGGCGUGGAGGUGUACCGCACCGUCAUGGGCGCCUCGGCUGCCGGGGUGCCCCUCGACCCUGAGUUCCCGCCCGCCGCGCCUCAGGUGUUCGAGCAGCGCGUCUACGCCGAGGCCCGCGCCCCCGCCAUCCUGGCCCUGAGAACUGACGUCGUGAACGUCGAUCUGAACACCAUCCAGCCGGGCAGGGCCAGCUCCAGCAGGCCCCAGACGCCAGCGGCUGCGGCCAGGAGGCCCGAGGGCACCUACGCAGGGACUCUGUAAGAGGAGCGGCCGAGGCCAGGCCGAGCUGCUUGCAUGUUACUAAUCGACAAUGUGACCUGUGACCGAGCACCUUACUACUGAACUGCUACUGUUGCCUGAAACAAAUGUGACCCCCUUCUGCUUGUAUUUAAAGUCGAUGAAGGAAGCAGACGCACUCUUAGACUGCAGACUCGUAGGCUGGGGUGGCCUGGCGGCCAGAAAGGGCCCAGGCCUCCUUUUUGAUAUUCACAAGGUUAGUCUCCCAUUGUAGCUCCCACCCUGGGGAGGGGCGCAAGGUCUUCAGGCCCUGGUGCCCAGCCCGACCCUCCAGCUACCCUCCCUGCUCCUUCUGCCCUGGAAGACAAAGCUGGGGCCAGCAAUGGCCUGUGGCAUGGGGACAUGUGUCACAGGACACUUUGCUCCUUCGCCAUGGGGACCCUCUGGGACGAUGGGGCAGGGCUGGGUCCCCAGGAGCCAAACUCUUGUUAUUUUUCCUUCUUUCUGGGACUCGGGCGUUAGGCCCCGCGGGUCUCCCGUCUGCGUGGGGAGGGUGUGCGAGUGUGCACGUGUGUGUGUGCAGAGGGCCAGGGAGAUGGCUCUGCGGUGGCAUUGCAGGUCAUGGGGCGAGGGGCUUGCCUGUUCUCCCACACCUCUGUCCUCACUCUGCCCGGCCCCUCUGUCCACCUGCAGCCCCAGGACCUGGCCUGCUGACCCCCCGGGCACCCUGACUCUGCCUGGCCACCCUGCCCCAGGGACGGGGUCGCUGUCCCGUGCUGUGCAGGACAUGCAGAGCGUGCUAUCCCCCGCCCAGCUGCCCGGGACUGUCCUCGCCUGCUUUGUUUCGGUUACCGUCUAUGUCACAUGCGGUUUGGAAGCUUUCAGAUCCAGUAGUGCAAAACACGGGAGGGGCGGGGUCCCCAUCCCUAGGCCUCCACGGCGUGGGCAGUCAGGGUGCAUUCCAUCCCCCACCCCAGACCAGGGUCCACUCAGUCCCACUGGAGGCAGUGGGGGCCCCAGGAAGAGGUAGCCAAAUCUACUGGAGGGGGCAGAGGCCAGGAAGGCCAGGUUCCGCCUAGUCCAGAGAUGGCCCUAUGAGCCAGGCCAGGCUGGCACAGGCUCCCUGGCGUGGGGUGCUGAGGCUGUGGCAGGUGGCAGGGACACAGGCCUGAGCUGCAGGCGCAGGUGCUGGUAGGGAGCGGCACAUCUGCCCCGGGCAAGCAGGCCGGGCUGGCUGGGUUGAGCCCACAGUGCCCACUUGGAAGUCGGACCACUGGUUUUGAGUGGGGCACAGGCAGUGGGGACCUGCAGGGCUAUGACCCAGGUGCCUCUCUUUUGUUUAGGGGUUCGGUCCUUACAGGGCCUGCCUCCUCCUGAGGCCCAGGCAGCUCCCCGGGUAUGGCUGAGACCCCUUCCCCACCACGCUAAGACUUAGAGUCUGUGGCUCCGCCCACCCCUACCAGAGCAGACCAGGGCCUACGGCUGUCACCCGGCCUGACCCUGGUGCUCACAGGCUGGGCAGGCUGGCUCAGGUCCCGGCCAGACCCUUGUGGCCCACAAAACCUAGGCCUCCCCCAACUGGGGGCCGUGGACUGGGCACUGAGGUGGGGGACCCGGCUGUGGUUUGAUCACUUCCCACCGGGGUCUCUGUUUCCACUGACGCCCCCCCGCCAUGUGGAGAGGCCUCCCCAGGGCCCUUCCUGGACCCACCCAGCCUCCUGGGCCCCUCUGGCCAGACGAUGCACGUGCCUGUCCUCUGCAGGCACAGGGCUUCCAGAAGGGAGUGGCCUGUGGGCAGGAGCGAACCCCAGUCCCACCCCCUCAGGAGGGGCACCUAGGUCCAGAGCUGGCCUCUCUGCCUCCCUGUCUCGGGCCAGGCGGGGCUCACGAGCUGGCCAGGCCUCUCUGGCACAGAGGAGCCUCAGGCAGCAGGGGUGAUGGCAGGCGCGGCUGGGUGGCGCCUGCAUCCCCCCAGAGCCUCCCUCAUCUCCCCUCCCCGCCCAGAUGUGCACUUUAAUUUGACCACCCCUGGGGACCCUUGGGAGACAGGUCCUCCUGUGCCGGCUGUCGACAGAUGGCUCCCUCCCUCCUCUCCUCUGAAGGCAGGGCACCCGCCCUGCGGCCCGGAGAUGAGGGCGCCACUGGCCAUGGGAGCAGGCGGUGGCUGCGCAGAGAACGCCCGACGCCUCAGGCCAGCACAAUGUCCGUGACCUCUGCUCCUGAGUCGGUCGUGACCGCCGUCUGCUCUGUCGUUCUGGGUAAGGGAGGCGUGAGCUGCAGGGAACUCUUACAUGACAAUUCUUCAAUGUGACGGGCUCCGGGCUUGCCUGUGCUGGGCGGCAGGCCGAAGGUUUGCACUACUGUGUCGCACGGCAGAUGCGGGCCGCGAGCACCUGCAGACGUGCGUGGCCGACACGAGCCUGCCAGGCGCUCCCUCCACGUCCUGAAUGUACCGCGGCUGGGCAGGCGGCAGGGGCGGGCGGGCCGGGCUCGGAGGGCCCCCAGAGUGCCUUAGCAUCUUCUGAGCAUUUUCCCAGGAACCCGAGUAAGAAACCCGGACCCCCCCCCCUUUGUUUACAAGAUGACUGAUUCCAGAAUCGGGCUGCCUGUCCCGUGAGCGUGACCCCGACUCGGCCGGUCCCCGAGGCAGAGACAGCUGCUCGGUAUUUGCGAGACGUCUGCACCUUUGCUCUGAAGCUUGACUGUUAGCAAUACGCCCAUCGACGUAGUCCAUUAUAGAGCUAAGUUACAGCUGCACCUUGGGGGCAGAAGGGACUGGACCGCGUCGGAGCUGCCACACUGCGCGGCCGGCCAGGGGCCCCACUGAGCUCCCGCCCUGGCCUCCCUCCAGGGGGCCGGCCAAGGAGGCGGCUGGGAUGGUGCAGAGGGCCGGGAGAGGCGGCACAUACUGUGAGCGGGGGCCGCGCCCCCACACUUGACCUCUGUCUUGUUUUCUGCACUGCGUCUGCGUCCACGGUGCCCUGUGGUUGUGCCACGUUGCAUUUGGUUUGGCCCCUUUGCUCCUGCAUGUGGACGGAGCCAAGGGCGAGUGUCCUGGGCUGCCUGUGCCCCCUGGGCCUUGACGGUGAACGCUGGCCGUCUGCACUAUGCCUUCUCGAGAACUUGCUGGGGUGUUCACUCCGAGCAGGCGCAAGGCGGCAGGUGGAGGCUGUGCGGCGGUGGUCUGCUGGGGGGCUUGUGCCCUAGGCGGUUCCGGUGAGCCUGGCCCUGAGGGGCCUCUGUAACUGCUGGAACUUGGUAGCCCCGUCGCUCACUACGUGGGGCCCGUCAGACAGGGUAUUUUAGGGGAACAUCUUUGCUGCAAGUGGGAAACGCCGAGAGCAGCCCUGUCGGCCUCCGCCACGCCAGCGUGACUUCCGGUCUGGCCCGAGGCGCGCAGCCGUCCUUGGCCGUGACCACGGUUCGGGCUGCGCGCUGCAGGGACCCGUCCCGGGCCAUCCGGUGGCUCUGCGCAGGGCGGGAGCACCUAGGGCCUGGUUAAAGAUGUUUCUGAAACGGCAAAGGUUUUCGUUUUUGUUUGUUUGUUUGUUUUGUUUCUUUAAAAAGACAAAAAUGAUGCAGCACCUAAAGCAUUCAGAUUGGACAGCCUGCUUGCACUCCGGUCGGUCGCUUCCAUUGUUCGCGUUUUGCACAUGAGUGAUUUUUAUGUCUAAAGAAGCCAAAACUUGCAAUACUAUUUUUAGCAGACAAAAAAAGAACUAAGUAUAAAGUGUAUAAAUAUUUUUGACUUGAACAUUUGGGUGGCAUUGGGUGCAAAUGGAACAUUCAUCUUUUGGAUGGAAUGUUUGGAGAAAAAGAGCCUUUUAGUGGUUGUUUUAGUCUGUUUAGGGCUUAAAGCAGUACUGUAACUCACGACUGUUAAAACAGAGUUGAACGUUGUCCCCUGCUGUUCAAGGAGGUUUCGCAGAACCACUGAGCUGGGCUCGGCCACAGACCUGCAGCUUUCCUGGGUUCCGUUCUGUUUUCUUUCCUAAGAAGGAGGAAGCGUUUGUUCGUUCUCCCGUCCUCACUCCCUCUGUGCUCUGUAGUCGAGACUGUUACUUUUUAGCCACGGCUGACAUUGUAUCCAGCGUACCAAUAACUAAACCGCCGGAACGUGCACAGCGCCGGCACAGGGCUUCGCAGGUCUCACAGGCGACGCCGAAAUGAACUCGACCGGCUGUGACCGUAAUCAAGGCUUUGUAAAAUCACAUUUACAAAAUAAUAAAGUCAGUUCAAACCCGA